CCCUGGGGUCCCGGCUGUCCAGGGCCCCGCCGGCGCCGCGGACACGGGGUGGCAGCGAUCGGAUCGCCAUGCGUUGGGGGCUGCGCCCUCGGGGGUCGGGGCCGGCGGUCCUGGCGGCGGCCCGGACUUUGUGGGCACUGCCCCGCCUUCCCUGCCGCCCGGGGUGGAGAGGGACCCCGAGGAGGCUCCUGGUGCGGACGGUCACCGGGGCCAGUAACCAGCCGCAGAACUCGAGCAGCGGCCAGUAUCGUGACACGGUGCUGCUGCCGCAGACCAGCUUCCCCAUGAAGCUGCUGGGCCGCCAGCAGCCGGACAUGGAGCUGGACAUCCAGGAGAAAUGUGGAUUUUCAGAACUUUAUUCAUGGCAAAGACAAAGAAAAGUAAAGACAGAAUUUUGUCUUCAUGAUGGACCUCCUUAUGCCAAUGGUGACCCUCAUGUUGGACAUGCUUUAAAUAAGAUUUUGAAAGAUGUGGCCAAUCGAUACCAUAUGAUGAGAGGUUCCAAAGUACAUUUUGUGCCAGGCUGGGAUUGCCAUGGCCUACCCAUUGAAGUAAAAGUCUUAGCAGAACUGGGUGGAAAAGCCAAGGGUCUUUCAGCUGUGGAAAUUAGAGAGAAAGCUAGAUCAUUUGCUAAUGCAGCAAUUGAGAAACAGAAAUCAGCAUUCAUUCGAUGGGGAGUAAUGGCAGAUUGGGAUAAUUGCUACUAUACAUUUGAUAGAAAAUAUGAAGCUGCACAGUUGAGAAUUUUCUACCAACUGUAUGAUAAGGGCUUAAUUUAUCGCUCUUACAAACCUGUGUUUUGGUCUCCCUCAUCAAGGACUGCAUUAGCUGAAGCAGAACUGGAAUAUAAUCCUGAGCAUGUCAGUCGCUCAAUAUAUGUAAAAUUCCCUCUCUUGAAACCUUCCCCUAAGUUGGCAUCCCUUACAGAUGGCUCGUCUCCUGUUAGUGUUUUAGUCUGGACCACCCAGCCUUGGACGAUUCCAGCCAAUCAGGCCAUUUGCUAUAUGCCAGAUUCAGAUUAUGCUGUUGUGAAAUGUUCAAAAUCUGGAGAACUCUACAUACUAGCUGCAGAUAAAGUGGCACCUGUUGCUUCUGCUUUGGGAACAACAUUUGAAGUUAUUUCCACAUUUUCAGGUGUAGAUUUGGAAAAUGGUACUUGUGUUCAUCCUUUAAUUCCUGAUAAAGCGUCUCCUCUCUUACCUGCAAAUCAUGUGACCAUGACAAAGGGAACAGGAUUGGUUCACACAGCCCCAGCUCAUGGUAUGGAAGAUUACAGUGUAGCUGCUCAGCACGGCUUGUCCACGGAUUGUUUAGUGGAUGAAGAUGGCGUUUUCACAGAUGCUGCAGGUCCUAAACUUCAACACAAAGCUGUCCUUGAAGAGGGAACAGAUGUGGUUAUAAAGAUGCUUCAAGCUGCAAAGAAUUUGUUGAAAGAGGAAAAGUUGGUACACAGCUAUCCCUAUGACUGGAGAACUAAGAAACCAGUGGUUAUUCGUGCCAGCAAGCAGUGGUUUAUAAAUAUCGCAGACGUUAAGUCUACAGCCAAGGAAUUGUUAAAAAAGGUGAAGUUUAUUCCUGGAUCAGCACUGAAUUCCAUGCUUGACAUGAUGGAUAGGCGGCCAUAUUGGUGUAUAUCAAGGCAAAGAGUUUGGGGUGUUCCAAUUCCUGUGUUUCAUCAUAAGACAAAAGAUGACUUCUUGAUUAACAGCCAAACCAUUGAGCAUAUUAUCAAACUGGUGGAAGAACACGGCAGUGAUGUCUGGUGGACUCUUCCUCCUGAGCAGCUUCUUCCUGAGGCAGUCUUGGCAAAGGUUGGUGGCCGUGAUGCCUUGGAAUAUGUUCCAGGUCAGGAUAUUUUGGACAUCUGGUUUGACAGUGGGACUUCGUGGGCUCAUGUUCUUCCAGGUUCUGAACAAAGAGCAGAUUUGUAUAUGGAAGGAAAAGACCAGCUGGGGGGUUGGUUUCAGUCUUCCUUGUUAACAAGUGUGGCUGCAAGGAAACAAGCACCUUUUAAGACUGUGGUGGUUCAUGGAUUCACCCUAGGAGAAAAGGGGGAGAAGAUGUCCAAGUCUCUCGGCAAUGUCAUUGACCCUGACGUCGUCAUCAAUGGGGGAAAAGACCAAACCAAAGAGCCUCCCUAUGGAGCCGAUGUCCUUCGCUGGUGGGUGGCUGAGUCCAACGUCUUCACUGAGGUGGCCAUUGGCCCGUCUGCACUUACUGCUGCCAGAGAUGAUAUUAGCAAGCUUAGGAAUACACUGCGCUUCCUUUUGGGAAAUGUGGCUGGUUUUAACCCAGAGACAGAUUCUGUCCCAGUUGGUGACAUGUAUGUCGUCGACCAGUACAUGCUGCACUUGCUGCAGGAUUUGGCAAACAAGAUUAACGAUUCAUACAAGCAAUAUGAUUUUGGAAAAGUUGUUCGACUGUUGAGAGCAUUUUAUACCAGAGAACUCUCUAACUUUUAUUUCAGCAUAAUCAAAGAUCGGCUUUACUGUGAAAAUGCAGAUGAGCCCAAGCGACGCUCUUGUCAGACUGUGCUAGCUGAGAUUUUGGAUGUAAUCGUUCGUUCUUUUGCUCCCAUUCUUCCUCACCUGGCCGAAGAGGUGUUCCAGCACAUACCUUAUGUCAAAGAGCCCAAGAGUGUGUUCCGUACUGGGUGGAUCCGCACCAGCUCCAUCUGGAAGAAGCCGGGCUUGGAGGAAGCGAUGGAGAGCGCGUGUGCAAUGCGAGACUCCUUCCUCGGAAGCAUCCCUGGCAAGAAUGCAGCUGAGUACGAGGUUAUCAUUGUUAUAGAGCCUGGGCUGCUUUUUGAGAUAAUAGAGAUGCUGCAAGCUGAGGAGACUUCUAGCACCUCUCAGUUGAAUGAACUGAUGAUGGCUUCCCAGACAACACUGCUCUCUCAGGAACCACGAGCACUGCCUGCAGAUGUAAUUGAGCUUAAAGGGACAUUCCUAAUCAACUUAGAAGGUGGUGACAUUCGUGAAGAGUCCUCAUAUAAAGUGAUUGUCAUGCCAACAACCAAAGAAAAGUGCCCUCGUUGUUGGAAGUAUACAGCCCAGUCUUCAGAUACACUCUGUCCCCGGUGCGCAGAGGUUGUUGGAAAGUAGCAGCUUACUGGUGCGACAGCUCUCUGCAAGACCCCCACCCCACCGUGCUGACUAGGAGUUCAGAAUGGACUGUGCACAAUACUGGGAAGAAAGCCAAGAUUCAGGUGAUGAAGGUCAGAAUCAGAACAGUGUUUCCUGUAACUAGAUAAAAUGUAUAUACAUGCAGAAAAAGAUGCAGAUGGAUGCCAUGAGCUAAUACAAUGAGCAUGCUUGCCUUCAAAUAUGGCUGAGCAGAAAUGUUUUAUAUUUUACGAAUUUUUUGACUCAGUAUUUAAGUUCUAUAAUGUUUAUAAUGUUUAAAAAUAAAGGCUUUCUGGAAAAAUACUGACUGAUGUUGGUACAAUCA